AUGGCAAAGACCCUCAUGUCGUCGCGCCCGUACUCUCUCCUUCGCCAAGCUCUUCCUUCAUCUCUUCUCCAACUCCCCAAACGACACUUCGUUUCACCCUCCGCAGUUUUGUUAAACAAGACAGAAACAAACUUGCUCUUCUCUUGCAAGAGCACUACGGCUGCUAAUAACAGAACCAAACUCCACAUUGUUAAAUUAGGGUUUGGUGCAGCCGGUAAUCGCCGAUUCAAUACCAGAGCUACUCAUAUUAAUGACGCUGGCUCCAUCGACUCUCCUCUUAUGCAGUCCAUGGAGAAAAAGGUGAUUAAGGAAGAACUAAAUGCGGAAUCAGUGACUGUAAAGGAUGCAUACGGUGAUGGUCGACAUGUCAGUGUAGGAGUGAGUGAUGGUUUGGGUAUGGCCCUUUGCAAGUUGUGUAAGCAGAGACAAAAGAGCAAUGGGAAAAUGCUUGCAGCAAAGUCUAGAGUGCAGAGGGGCUGCAUAGAUGUCAUCUCUGUAGCCUUUGAGGGACAGUCAGCUGUGAAUAGGCAGAGGAUGGUAUACAAAGCCAUCUGGGAGGAGCUUCAGAGCACAGUACAUGCAGUUGAUCAGAUGACUACCCGAACCCCAACUGAAGCAGCUGGCCAGAAGUGA